AUGGCCUCAGGCAAGCAACCAGACGACCAGUUCGACGACGCCAUCGACGACGAGGACGAUGAGGUCGACGAUCAGUUCGCUGAGCUGCAGCGCACCAUGAGCGCGAAGCGGCGGGACGAUAAGGAGAAGGGUAGGGAGAACCGCAUCCAGGAGAUCCUGCCGUUCCCCUUCGCGCCAAACAUUCGUCCCCUGGGUAUUUCCGACCUCCGAUCUACUGUCGCGCUCGAGAACGCCGCGUUCUCUGACCCCCAGCACAGAGCGUCGCCCGAAAAGCUUGAGUACCGCCUCACCAAAUGCCCCGAGCUGACACUGGGCGUAUUCUGCACCGUCGUCCCCGAUCUUGCCAGGGACUUCGACAUAGAGACGUUCGCGCACGCGCACCCUGUCGAGACCGAUCGCGCAGACCAGGCCAAGAGUGUCCUGCUGGCGCACAUCAUCGCGACCGCCUCUAGCUCCAGCACCGUCCAGGACAGUGACAUGGAGAUACCCGCUGGCUGGCGGACGUCGCAAGGCAAGCAUGUCGAGAAGGGACACCAGGAGGGCGGACGAACGAUCUGUGUACACUCACUGGCCGUGUCGCCCAAGCUGCAAGGAUGCGGCCUUGGAAAGCUCAUCAUGAAGUCGUUCCUUCAGCAGAUGAAGAGCCUUGGAGCCGAGCGCGUGGCUCUCAUCUGCCAAGAUUACCUCGUGAGCUACUAUGAGCGGUUCGGAUUCAAGCACGCAGGCAAGAGCAAGGCUGAGUUCGGUGGAGGCGGUUGGCACGAUAUGGUCUUCGAUUUGGCGGCAACAGCAGCUACGUCGGGACCCGCUCAACAACCCCAGUGA